GUUUAGAUAUAUAUAACAUGAAGUUUUGAAAGCUGUAGGCAUAUCUCAAAAUAAAAACAUACCAAAACAUUUCAGUCAUUAUCUCACAGAAUUAAACUGUGAGAUUUUGCUUUGACUGUAUAUGAUCAAUGGCAGCACCCGAAAUUGAUAUUCCAGAUUUUUCAUCCUCAAAGAAAGACGAAAGGGAAGAUUACGGUUUGUCAAGUGAAAUUUUGGGAGAAAAAAUUGCAGAAUUUUCUGGUAACAAAGCGAAGCAACUUGAAGUGGCAGAAACUGUAAAUACAGAAGAAGUUGAAACUGAGAGUGAAACUUUUUUCCAAGCACUCUCAGUACCCAUUGUCAGUGCUGAUGAAGACACAACAGAAAGUUGCAAGGCUGCCACUACAGAAGAUCAGGAAGAAAGAAAGUCUACAAAGAUUGAAGAAGCCAAACCAUUUCAUGAUCAAAGUGUCCAGAUUGUUACUUCCAAAGAAGAAACAGAGGACAAAUCUAUUAAUUCUCAAGAGGACCAAAGAGACCAAAAAACUGAGGGAAGUUUCGAGUCUUGUUCAGAAAUUAAGCAAGAGGAAGAUACUGAUGAAAUCAAACCAAAUGUUGAACCAGAUGAGAAAAAGGAUAGCAUCGCAGUGAAAACAGAACCUCGGAUAGAAAGUGAUGAUGGUAUAAAGGACACAACAUUUGAAGGAGGCUUACAAGAAAAAACCUACCAUGGUGAAGGUAAUGAAGCUGAAGCUGUUAAAACUAAAGAACAUAUAGAAGAUGAUGUUGAAGAAACGACCUUUCAACAUGCUACCACAGUGGCUUAUGUCGAAGAGGGGCAGACUUUGAAUGCAGCACCUAAAGAUAUCCCCAAGGAAGAAGAAGUAGAGGACAUAAGAAUUAAUCCUCAAGAGGCAAGUGAGAAGUGUGAGAAUGGAGCAAAGGAAGAAAGAGAACAAGAGCAUGAGGAAAGUGUCGAUAAAUUUGUACAGUCUUCUUCAGAGAUUGAGCAAAAGGAAGAUACUGAAGAAAUCAAACCAAGUGUUGAAACAGAGGAGAAAACAGAGCUCAUACCUGAUGAUUGCAUCACAUCACAAACAGAGCCUCAUGUAAUAAGUACAGAACAUGAAAUAAAAAAUGAUGAAGCAAUUCAGAGUGUAGAAACUGGUUUACAAAAUGUUGAAUAUAAAGAAGAGGUAAAACAUUCUGAUAGUUCUUUAACACAGAUCAAGUCUGAAAGCCCCAUUGUAAAAGAAGCAAGUGAAGAGACUGUUUCAGAGAAGACUGGAUAUGAAGAAGGGUUACAGCUUUCGAACAGUUACAAUAUUUCCCUGAAAGAGAAUGAAAUGGCAAGCAAAGUUGAAGAUGAAGAAAAGGAACAAGAGGACAAAUCAAGUGAUGCUCAAAAGGCAAGCGAGGAGUGUGCGAAGGAAGAAAGAGAACAAAAGUCUGAGGAAAAUGUCAACAAAAUUGUAGAUGAAGAUACCAGUUUGGAAAAAGUUGAAUAUGAAGAAGAGGUCAAACAUUCUGAUAGUUCUAAUGUAGAGAUCAACGAGAAAACACUACCGAUUUUAGGCAAAGAUGAAGAUCUAGAAUGGAAACAAGAGGGCAACACAUUAGAAAAAGACCAAGGUGAUGAUACUGUUACAACCUCAACUUAUGAAGGAGACUUAAAAGAAAGAGAACACCACAGUGAAGUUAAUGAACCUGAAGUUGUUAAAACUAAAGAAAGUAUAGGGGAAGAUACUGAAGAAAUCAGAACUAGUGAAGAGACUAUCUUAAAGAAGGUUGAAUCUGAAGAAGGGUUACAAUUUUAUGACAGUUCCAAUAUCGCUUUGAAUGAGAAUGAAAUAGCAUAUGAAGAAAAGGAACAAGUAAGUGUAAAGUCUUCUUCAGAAACAGAGCAAGGGGAAGAUACUGAAGAUAUCAAACCAAGUGUUGAAAUGGAGCAACAAGCAAGCGAGCAGUAUGAGAGUGGAGCAAACGAAAAAAUAGAACAAAAUCCCGAGGAAAUUGUCAACAAAAUUGAAGAUACCGAAGAAGUCAAGCCAAGUGUGGAAAUAGAUGAAAAGGAGCAAGUGAAGAUUACAGACUAUGAAGAAGAUGUGAUUGCAGUAUGUGCAGAAGAGAAGGGUAAAUUUCAAGGGGUAGAACCUUCUGACAAUGAUAAAGAUCAAGAAAAAGAAAAAGAACAAGAGUCUAUCAUUUCAGAAGAAGACCAAGUAAAAGAUGAUGUCAAAUGCUCACAAGAUGCAACCUCUAUAGAGGACUUACCCGUAUUUGUCAAACCUAGAGAGAAUAUAGAGGAAGAUACUCAAGAAAUCAAAUCUAGUGCUGAUACAAAAGAUGAUAUAAAGAUUGAUGAAGAGGCAUCAGUGAAUGAUGAUGAUCAAACAAAGAAGUCUGAAAGCCCCUUGGUGAAGGAAGUAUGUGAUGCGACAAGCUCAGAGAAGGCUGAAUCUGAAUUGAAUGAGAACGAAAUAGUGAGCAAAGAGGAAAAUCAAGAAAAAGAACAAGAGAUUAAAAUGUCAGAAGAAGCCCAAGGUGGUGGAGAUGAUGUUACAAGCUCACAGAAUGCAUCCAGUGAGGAUAUAAAAGAAGCAAUAAUUGGUCAACAGGCUACCCCAGUGGCUAAUAUCGACUUCGAGGAGCAAAAUCAGAGUGUGAUUGAUGCUCAAGAGGACAAAAAAGAACAAAAGUAUGAGGAAAGCGACAACAAAAUUGUACAGUCUUGUUCAGAAAUUGAGCAAGAGAAAGAUACUGAAGAAACCAAACCAAGUGUUGAAACCGAGCAACAAGUAUUUGAAGAGGCUAGUUCAGAGAAAAUUGAAUAUAAAGAUGAGGUAAAAUACUCUGAUAGUUCUAAUACAGAGACCAUGGUGAAGGAAGCAUGUGAAGAGACUGUCUCAGAGAAGGUUGAAUCUGAAGAAGGGUUAAAACUUUCUGACAGUGUUAAUAUCGAUCUGAAUGAAAACGAAAUAGCAAGCAAAGUUGAAGAUGAAGAAAAGGAACAAGAGGUUUAUGUGUCAGGAAAAGGUUUAGGGGAUGAUGAUACAUGUUCACAAGAUGCAACAUUUGAGGAUAUAAAAGAAACAACAACUGGUGAGCAUGUUACUACAGUGACCUAUUUAGAGGAGGAACAGGCUCUAAACUCAACGCCUAAGGAGAUCUUUAAGGAAGAAGCAGAGGACCAAUCAAGUGAUGCUCAAGAGGCAAGCGAUCAGUAUGAGAGUGGCGCAAACGAAAAAAUAGAACAAAAGCCUGAGGAAAGUGUCAACAAAAUUGAAAAUACCGAAGAAAUCAAGCCAAGUGUUGAAACAGAUGAAAAGGAGCAAGUGAAGAUUACAGACGAUGAAGAUGUGAUUGAAGUAUGUGAAGAAACUCACUUAGAGAAGGCUAAAUUUGAAGGGGUAGAACCUUCUGACAAAGAUGAAGAUAAAGAAAAAGAAAAAGAACAAGAGUCCAUUUCACAAGAAGACCAAGAAAAAGAUGAUGUCACUUUCUCACAAGAUGCAACCUCUAUAGAGGACUUACCAGAAACAAAAUAUGAUGAUGAAGGUAAGGAACCCGAAUUUGUCAAACCUAGAGAGUAUAUAGAGGAAGAUACUGAAGAAAUCAAAUCUAGUGUUGAUACAAAAGAUGAUAUAAAGAUUGAUGAAGAGGCGUCAGUGAAUGAUGAUGGUCAAACAGAUAAGUCUGAAAGCCCAUUGGUUAAGGAAGUGUCUGAAGUAACAGGAUCAGAGAAGGCUGGAUCUGAAUUGAAUGAGAAUGAAAUAGUGAGCAAAGAGGAAAUUCAAGAAAAGGAACAAGAGCUUAAAAUGUCAGAAGAAAUCCAAGGUGGUGGAGAUGAUGUUACAAACUCGUUGAAUGCAUCCAGCGAGGAUAUAAAAGAAACAAUAAUUGAUGCUCAUGAGGACAAAACGGAACAAAAGCCUGAUGAAAGCGACAGCAAAACUGUUCAAUCUUGUUCAGAAAUUGAGCAAGAGGAGGAUACUAAAGAAAUCAAACCAAGUGUUGAAACCGAGCAAAAAGAAUUGUUGCAUGAUGAUUGCAUCACAUCACAAACAGAAUCUCAGGUAGAAAGUGAAGAACAUGAAGUAAAAAGUGACGAGCCUAUUCAGAGUGAUGAUGGUCAAAAGGAAAAUGUUGACAGCUCCCCAGUCAAUGAAGUAUACAACGAGUCCGCUUCAGAGAGUGUUGAAUAUAGCAAAGAAGUAAAAGAAACAACAAAUGAGAAAGAAAUAGCCAGCAAAGUUGAAGAUGAAGAAAAGGAACAAGAGGUUUAUGUGUCAGGAAAAGGUUUAGGGGAUGAUGUUACAAGUUCAAAAGAUUCAACAUGUGAGGAUAUAAAAGAAACAACAGUUGGUCAACAUGACACCACAAUGGCCUAUUUAGAGGAGGGACAGGCGAUAAGUUUAAUGCCUAAAGAGAUCCUUAUGGAAGAAACAGAGGAAAAAACAAGUGGUGCUCAAGAAGAGACCAUGGAAACUGAAGAAAAUAAUGAAGAGUCUAUUAAGGAGGUUUAUGAGGAGACUACCAAGGAGGUAUCCGAUGAGACUAGCUCAAAAAAGGUUGAAUCUGAACAAGAGGUAAAAGCUAUAGAAACUUUCAAGGAUGAAAAACAAGAAAAGGAUCAGGUUGACAUAUCAACAGAAGGUCAAGGUGAGGAUAAUGUAAUAAGCUCACAGGUUGCAGCCUUAGAAGAAGACUUGCAAGAAAAGAACUACCGAGAAGAAGGUAAAGAACCUGAAUUUGUUGGAACGAGAGAAAGUGUAGAGGAAAAAACUGAAGAAAUCGAAUCAAGUAUCGAAACAAAAGAAAAUAUGGAGCAACAAGGGUUGUUGCAUGUCAUUACUACUGAUGUUUGCAGCUCAACAGAAAUAGAACCUAAAGAAGAAACUAUGGAAAAUGAAGAAAAGAUUGAGGAAGAUGCUAUAGUCAAUGAUGAUGGUCAAACAGAUAAGUCUGAAAGUCCAUUGGUUAAAGAAGUGUGUGAAGUAACAGAAUCAGAGAAGGCUGAAUCUGAAUUGAAUGAAAAUGAGAUAGUGAGCAAAGAGGAAAAUCAAGAAAAGGAACAUGAACUCAAAAUGGCAGAAGAAGUCCAAGUUGGUGGGGAUGCUGUUACAAGUUCAGAAGAUGCAACGUGUGAGGAUAUACAAGAGUCAACAAUUGGUCAACAUGUUACCACAGUGGUUGAUUUUGAGGAGAGCAAAGAUGAUAGUGCAUUGACCAAAGAGAUCCUCAAGGAAGAAACAGAAGACAAAUCAAUUCAUGCUCAAGAGGCAAGCAAGCAGUAUGAUGAUAAUGAAGCAAAAGAUAAAAUAGAAGAAAAUCCCGAAGAAAGAGCCAACAUAAUUUUUGAGCAAGAGAAGUAUACUGAAGAAAUCAAACCAAGUGUCGAAACAGUUGAAAAGGAGCAACAGGAAGUAUGUGAAGAGACUGACUUGAAGAAGACUGUAUCUGAAGAAGGGAUAAAUUCCGAUAUGUAUCAGAAUGAGAAAGAAAUAGAAAUUUUAAGCAAAGAUGAAUAUCAAGAAAAGGAACAAGAUACGAUUCCAGAAAAAGACCAAGUUGAGGAUGAAGUUAUAUUCUCACAGGAUACAGUUGCAGCCUCUGAGGACGUAUUUUUUGAAACUAGAGAAAGCAUGGAGGAAGAUAAUGAACUUAUAAGCACAAAUGUUAAAACAGAAGAAAAAGUGGAGCAAGGAGAGUUGCCACAUGCGAUCACAACUGAUGUUUUCACAUCAACACAAGUGAAAUCUCAAGAAGAGAAAACAGAAACUGAAGAAAAGAACAAAGAGCCUAUUGAGCAUGAUGAUGGUCAAAUGGAAACGCCUCCCAUCCACUCUGUCAAAGAGGUAUAUGAUGAGACUAGUUCGGAAAAGGUUGAAUCUGAAGAAGGGAUAAAAGCAAUAGAAACUUUUAAAGAUGAAGAUCAAGAAAAGGAUCAGGUCAACAUGUCGGCAGAAGGUCAAGGUGAGGAUAAUGUAACAACCUCACAGGUUGCAGCAUUAGAAGAAGACUUGCAAAAAAAGAACUACCAAGAAGAAGGUAAAGAACCCGAAUUUUUUGAAACUAGAGAAAGUAUAGAGGAAGACACUGAAGAAAUCAAAUCUAGUGUCGAAACCAUAGAAAAAAAGGAGGAUGUAGUCAAUGAUGAUGGUCAAACAGAAAAGUCUCAAAGCUCCCUGGUUAAGGAAGUUCAUGAAGUGACAGGAUUAGAGAAGGCUGAAUCUGAAUUGAAUGAGGAUGAAACAGUGAGCAAAGAGAAAAAUAAAGAAAAAGAAAAAGACCUCAAAAUGUCAGAAGAAGUCCACGAUGGUGAAGAUGAUGUUACAAGCUCACAGAAUGCAUCCAGUGAGGAUAUAAAAGAAACAACAAUCAGACAACAUGCUACCACAGUGGCCAAUACUGAGGAAAGGCAGGAGCAGACAGAAAUGACUAAAGAGAUCUUCCUUGAAGAUCUUGAAACUGUUUCUGAGGUACAAAUCCCUGGAGUGGGGCCCGAGUCAGAAGAUUCAAACAUGAAAGAAGAGUGUCUUACAACAGCAACGCAUGUGGAUGAAGGAAAAGAAACAGAAACAAAAGAAGCUUCAAGUGCAGAGACAACAGAAAUUGGUGAAAACAAAUCACUGUAUGAAAAAGAGGAUGUUACACAAGAAAAUCAGCUUAAUAGCACCGAAGACUGCAGUGAGAUAUCAAAAGAUGUUAUCUUGACUAAAGAGGUGAAUACGAUUGAACAGGUACCUUUAGAGACACAAAAGGAAAAGGGAACAGAUGACCUCGAAGAACAGAUUGUUGAGGAAUAUAGUAAUUCCACAGAGCUACACGAGAAAUCAACAGAAGAUCAAAAGGCACCUGUGAUAUCGUAUUCAGAUCCAUCAGAAAUCGAUGAGUCACCCAAACAGGCUCUUGAAUCUGUUUGUGAUGUACAAACCCCUGAAGUAGUUGCUGAUUCUGAAGACUCAAAAGUGAAAGAAGAGAGCAUUGUCUCAGCGACAACCGAGUAUACAGAUGAAAACAAUGGAGAGAAAGAACAUGAACUUGAAGCUAAUGAAACUUCAAGUACAGAGAAUCCAGAACUACAUGGAGAACUCAAACCCACGUCUGAGAUAGUGAUAGAAGAAUACCAGGUUAAGGAAACAAAGCCUCAACCAGAACAAUCAGACAUCACCCCUGAAAACAUCAUGGAGAAUGUCAUCUUGCCUGAAAAGGAUUUAGCAGAUGAAAAGACAACAACAUCAGAUGAAAAGGAAUUAACCGAUGAGGUGUCUUCAGAGCUUGGUCAACCUAAAGGACAAAUUGUUGAGGAGAUACAGGCAGGUCCAACUGAAACCAUAAGUGAAACUACAGAAGAGGAAAUCACAAAAAAGGAUGAAUAUUUAUCCCAUGACAGUAUAGAGAAUCCAAAUGACACUACAACUAAAGAAGAAAAGUGCUUUCAAGAUGCAAGAACAAGGGAGAUUGAACCUGUUGAGCAACAGAAUGAUGGUCUGGAUGAAGUAUCAAAUGAAAAAUCUACAGAUUCAAAUGAAACAACAGAAGUCGAACCUCAAGAAGAUAGUAUCCCUGAAGUGGUGCCCAAGUCAGAAGAUUCAAACCUGAAAGAAGACUGUCUUACAUCAGCAACAGCAACAUAUGUGGAUGAAGAGAAACAAACUGUAACAGAAGAAACUUCAAGUGAUGAGAAAACAGAACAGACAACAGAAAUUGGUGCAGAUUAUUCAUUGUAUGAAAAAGAAGAUAUGAAAGAGGAUGUUACACAAGAAAAUCAGCUUAAUAGCAUAGAAGACUGCAGUGAGAUGUUAAAGAAUGCUAUCUUGACUGAAGAGGUGCCUUUAAAUAUACCAAAGGUAAAGGAAAUAGAUGACCUCAAGGAACAGAUUGUUGAGGAAGAUAGUCAUUCUACAGAACUUCAGGAGAAAUCAUCAGAAGAUCAAAAGGAAAUGGCACAUGUGAUACCAUAUUCAGAUCUGAAACCUGUUGGGGUCUCUGAGGUUAGAACUGAUGAAAUUUCAAGUGAAGAGACAACAGAAAGCAAGCAAGUUGCAGAACACCUUUCAAUAUCAUCUCGUGAUGCAGUUUUCAUUAAAGAGGAUCUUGAAGUAAUCAAACCCACAUCUGAAUCAGUGAUGGAAGAAGACGAGGUUAAGGAAACAAAACCUGAACCAGAACAAUCAGAUAUCACCUCUGAAAACAUCAUUAAGCAUACAAGUGAAAAGGAAUUAGCAGAUGAGAAAAGAGAUAUGGAAGAGGAUGUUACACUUGCACCUGAAAAUCAGAUUGACAACACAGAAAAUCAAAAUGAGAUCAACAAUAUCAUCUUGACUGAUGAGGUUGCAGUGGAGACUGAAAAAGAAGAGGAAAAAAAUGAAGUCAAUGAACAUGUUUCUGAGGAAGAUAUAUGUCCUCCAGAACUCGAUAAGACAUCGACAUCAAAUCAAAAAGACCUAGCUGAUGAGAUAGAAUAUUCAAAGCCGACACCAGCUGGAAACAAUGAAGUCAAAGAAGUGAAAGCAGAAAUCCCAACAGAACUAGAAAAUAUACAGUCUGCAGAAGCCCCUGAUCUUGAGUUUGAGAAGAAAGAAAAGGAUGAUAAACUGAUAUCUGAAAUACAAACUCCUGAAACAACUCUCAAGAUGGAGAUGGAGGAAGAACAUCCUGAAGUAACAAAUGACACGUGUCAAACACUUGUGGAUGGGUCAUUAAGUGAGAAGAAACUUGUGUCCAUGGUACCACCUGAAGAACUUGCAUCUUCAACUGUUGAAGAUCAAACAAAUGAACUAGUACCGGAAACAGAUAAGACAAAGGUUGAGCACAGCAGCAUAAGCAACAAGGAUCAGAAUCUAGAAUUCACAGAGGAAGAGUUUCCAAAGAUUUUGGUGACAGAAGAAAAGACAUUGGAAGAAGAUGCAAACAAGGAGAAAGAAACACUAAGCGAAUCACAAGCAGAUGACCUCACGAAAACCACUUCUGAUUCGAUAUGGAGUCCUACAGAGCAAGGUAUAGAAGUUAGAUCUGAGGAGAGCAUCAGCAGAGGCUAUGAUGCUAUACACAAACUUGAAGAAAAGCCAACUGAAGUUUUUGAAAUUGCAUCUGAUGUUGCUGAAAUAGUCCCUGAGGGUAGCAAAGUUUCUGAAAGUUUACCAGGAAAUGUUCAGGAAGCUUCCCCCAUGAUGCUUCUAGAGAAAAAUGACCCAGAAACUACUACUACCAUUGAGAAAAUUACACCUGAAGUUGCUGUAAUAGAUGUUCAAAAGCGUGAGAAGGACUUUGAUUAUACACCAGAAGCAAUAACUAUUGAUGCCGUGCCCAAUGCAGAAUGCUCUGAUAUUCAAAGUGUGCAGAAAAAAGAAGUAGAUGAAAACAUAGAGAGAGAAAUUCCAACUGAAAAGGAACUUGAUGCAACUGUGACUCCUGGUACUAUAGCUACAGAGGACUUGGAGAUUUCACAGAAACAUGUAACAGAUGACCUUAUAAAAAUAAGUAAAAUUCAACCGGAAAUACCAACAUAUGAAGGUUCAGCUUGCACUGUGGAUAACCAGUCCUCAAAUAAACCACAUCUAGAUGAGAGUAUAGAGAGAAAGCUCUUAAGUGGAAACAAAGAUGUGGAAAAUGAGCAAGGGGAGCCAACUACAAAGCCAUUGAUUGCUGAGGCAGAUGAUUUAAAAGCCACUAAAUCUUCAGGAACCGAAUCACAAUGCAGCAGUGAAGCUUUCGGAGAAGAGAAGAAAAUGGGUGAUGAAAAAGAAAAGUCUCAAACAGCAGAGCCAGCUAAGAUUUUGUUUACUGACAUGAUGCAUGAACAAACAAAAGGAGACUCAGAAGUGGCUGAAAAUUUGAUUGAAAAAAGAGAGACAGCUCUGACAAAAGAUCAGCAAGUAGACAAAGAAGAAACUGGUGAGAAGGGAACAAAAACAGAUGAAGAGAAUGAAGAAGAGGAUGAAGAAGAUAACCAAAUGGUUGAUGCUCCGGUUAUGGUAGAAGCAUCGAAAGACAUUGAAGUCAAGACUCCUAAGAAAUCUCAUAAUAUAUUGUCAGGUGUUGGGUCAAAAGUUAAGCAUUCAAUCGCCAAGGUGAAGAAAGCAAUAACUGGUAAGUCUUCUCCUUCAAAACCACCAUCACCAAAAGAGAAAGAUCAAGUGAGUACUUAGCAAGACAUAUCAGUAUGUAAAUUUUCAAGAAAGAAAAAAAGCAAAUGUGAUAAAUGGUUCAAAUGGAACUCACCACAUUACAUGCUUGAUGAACGUGGGGAAAAGGCCUUUGAUUUCGAUUAAGGAUCAAGCCUAGGAGGAAGCAGUUGUUAGACUUGUCUCUUUUUUUAAGUAGAGGUAGAAGAGUGAGAUGAAUGCAGUAUUAUUUUGCAUAUACAUUGUGUGCUUGAGUGAAAUGUGUGAAACUAGUGUUUUGUAAAUCGAAUUUUCCUUAAAACUUAUGUGAUGACAGUUUGUCUCUCUUUUACAAAAAGUAUUCCAUCUUACUAUUGUGUAUAGAUUAAGGUCUACACCAGAUUCUAAAAGUGCAAUGGAGGUAGAAGAAUUCAGGAAGGGGUACACCAUGCCCUUUCAAACGUG